AUGACUGCCCCUACUCUGUUUAACUUAUCACACGAUUGUCUCCGACGCAUUCUUGGUUUUCUUAAUCCUCCGAGUGCGCUGGAACUGUGCGUAGCGUACGCACGACCCGAAAUGAUGGAUUGGUUUUACGAAGACGGAGGAGUGUACACAUACGACGGGACAGAUCAUUUUCUACCCCCUAGACAUGUUAAACAUUUGCGCUAUACUGGCGUAUCACUGAACGUCGACGAAUUGGCCGCAUACACCAGCCUGCACACCCUCCGCCUGGACUAUACCAAGGUAUCAAAUGUCGACGCCCUGGCCGCGUGCACAAGCUUACACACACUCGACCUGAGAUAUACCAUACUAACGAACGUUGACGCGCUAGUUGCGUGCACUAGCUUGCGCACCCUCAGCCUAGACUGUGCCGAGGUAACAAACGUCGACGCCCUGGCCGCGUGCACAAGCUUGCACACACUUAAACUGGGGUGUUAUCAGGUGACAAAUGUGGACGCCCUAGCUGCAUGCACUAGCUUGCACACACUCGACCUGAGUAGAGCCAGGGUAACAAAUGUUGACACCCUAGCCGCGUGCGCUAGCUUACACACACUCAACCUCUCCAAUACCAUGGUAACGCACGUCGACGCCCUAGCUGCGAGCACUAGCUUGCACACCCUCGACCUGCACCUUUGCAAGGUAACGAACGUCGACGCCCUGGCCGCGUGCACUAGCUUGCACACACUCGGGCUAAACUAUACCAAGGUAACGAACGUUGACGCCCUAGCCUCGUGCACUAGUUUGCACACACUCGACCUGCGCUCGACUGCGGUGACGAACGUUGACGCCCUGGCCGCGUGCACUCGCUUGCACACACUCGACCUGUACCGUACCAAUGUGACAAACGUCGACGCCCUGGCUGCGAGCACUAGCUUGCACACACUUUACCUGAGUAGAACCGAGGUAGCAAACGUUGACGCCCUGGCUGCGAGCACUAGCUUGCGCACACUCAUCCUAUUCUUGACCAGGGUGACAAACGUCGACUCCCUGGCCGCGUGCCCUAGUUUGCACACACUCUUCUAG